UCAUGCUGCUGUCAGGUCCAGAGUGUGUCAUGGGUCCCUGUACGGGCCUCCCAUUGCUGCUGUCUCCAUCGCCACACUCUCUGCCAUCUGCCACUUUCAGGUCUCCUCACACUGCUGGUGGGUUCCAUUUUGUCAUAGGGUUGCUGUCAGAUUACGGGCCUCCCAUUGCUGCUGCCAGGCCCGUAAUCUGUCAUGGGCCCCUGUACCGCCUCCUCAUGCUGCUGCCAGGCCCGUAAUCUGCCAUGGGCCCCCGUACCGACUCCUCAUGCUGCUGCCAGGCCCGUAAUCUGUCAUGGGCCCCUGUACCGCCUCCUCAUGCUGCUGCCAGGUCCAGAGUGUGUCAUGGGUCCCUGUACGGCCUCCCAUUGCUGCUGUCUCCAUCGCCACACUCUGCCAUGUGCCACUUUCAGGUCUCCUCACACUGCUGGUGGGUUCCAUUUUGUCAUAGGGUGCUGUAUGGCCUCCCAUUGCUGCUGCCUCCACCGCCACACUGUGGCUCCACACUCUGGUUUUGGCCCCGUGACUGCCCAAAUGAGUUAAGUGUGCGGUGAUUCUAAGAUCGACGGCACUCAUCUGCAUGUCAUACUGACUGACAGUAUUAUUUCUCUUCCCCAGCAGACUCCAAGGGCAUUUAAAUUAAAGGUACAGUGUUCUGCACUAAUAUAA